UUUCGCUGCUGGAUUUUGAUUACGCUUUAUAUUAUUGAUGAUUCCUAAACGUUAAUUCUAAAAAUGAACGAGAAGUUCGUGUUUACUCAUGUAACUAAGAGCAAAAGUGCGAAAACGGAUAUUUAAAAAUAUCUAUACUUUAUAUUGAUUGUUUUAGGUGUGUGAGGAAAUGCGGAAAUUUGAAAUUGUAACUACGUGAUUCGGGUAAUCCUAUGUCAAUACUUCUUCCCAACGUGAAUGUGAUAACAUUUCUUUCUUUUUUUCAUUCAUGAAAAAAGAUCAAUGUUUUGUUUUUUAUAAUGAAAUCAAUUGGUAAUAAUUAAUAUAUUUAAUUAAAAUAUACUGUUUGACGCUAUAUACGGUUACUAUACGCAAGUAAAAUAUUUCAAAAUGUUAUGUAUUUAUUACACAAAAUAUCCGGAUUAAAAGUGAUAUUCAAAUAUGGAUGUUAAGGGAAACGAAAAGGAAGAAGGGGGCGAUCCUCUUGAUGCCCACAUGAAGAAGGAAAAUGGUCACAUCGGAGGUGGACAAAUAAAUCAGAACGAGUCCGCAUUUCCAGUUAAGAAACCAGGAUUUUAUAAAAACCCGAAUAAAAACAGUACUGGAGUUACAGAAUCGAGUUCGACUAUUUCGGAAGUUCCAAAAACAGUAAUGAAACAUCAUACUUCUAAAGACACUACUAAACAUGACAAGACAGCUUCUGUAGGUAGUGAAGAGACUGUCUCCAGCUCAGGGAUUGAGUGCGGAGUUUCUGAAAAGACUGAUUCUAACUUUGAUUCUACUUCGGUCGGAUCAGGAUCGAAUACUCAUCAUCGCCACGAAGGUCACGACCGUGUGAUUAACUUGUGUAUGCGAGGAGAAUGGAUAGUACUGGACCAACAUCUUAGAAAUAUUAGGCGGGCUCAUCCAAGUUUGAUAAAAGCUGAACAGGACAAUGGGUUGACACCACUCAUGAUAGCGGUGAAGGAGAACAAACUAGUUAUUGUAGAACGACUUAUAGAUCUCGGCGUGAACCUUAACGACAGAGCUAAGGAUGGAAGAACAGUUAUGCAUUAUGCUGCAGCCUACGCAAAGGAUGACAUCGUUAAAAUUUUGCUCAACAAGAAAGCGGACAUUACUGUCACUGGCGGGCCCAAGGACGAGCUUCCUCUACACCUGGCAUGUGCAAGAACGAGUGGGGCGGUCACUGUUGUACAGUUACUACUACGGGCGGCUGUCAAAGAUCAGAGAUUGUCACUGGACAAGAUUGGUUGUAUACCUUUAUUUCUGGCUGCUGAAGUUGGAAAUGUUGCUGUUUGCAAGGAGAUGUUGACGUCACAUGUUGAACAGCAGCUAAAUAUGCAGCGAAAGGACAAUGGAGACACGGCGUUGCACAUAGCUUGUCGUAGAAGAGAUAUGGACCUUGCUAGACUGCUUGUAGAUGCAGGGGCGCCGGUGGAUUUACAAAAUAACGAGGGCCAGUCAGCAUUACACAUAGCGGCAUUUGAAGGCGAUGAAGCGAUGCUGAAAUUUUUACUGUUAAAUAAAGCCAGUCCUUACCUCACCGACAAGUAUGAUCGGAGUCCAGUCCACAUAGCGGCAGAGCGAGGCCAAACGCACAUAGUGGACAUGUUACUAGACAAAUACCGGUCAUCUUUGUCCGCAAGGACCAAGGAUGGCAACACAUUAAUGCAUAUCGCUUCAACUUUUGGGCAUCCCGAUACAGCUUUAGCCUUCCUUAAGAAAGGUGUUCCAUUAUACAUGCCAAAUAAGUCAGGCGCACUGUGUCUUCACGCUGCUGCAAUGAAGGGACAUACAUCAGUCCUGAAAGCACUUCUACAGAAAGGAAUUGCAGUGGACCAUAGAACAAAGGAUGGUUAUACUGCGCUUCAUUUGGCGGUAGAAUUUUGCAAACCACAAUCUGUUCAGUUGUUGCUAGGUUACGGUGCUCAAGUAGAAGCUAAGGGAGGCAAGGGCAAAGAAACACCACUGCAUAUUGCCGCACGAACAAAGGAAGGAGAGAAAUGCGCUGAUAUGCUACUGAAGAGCGGGGCGGAUGUUAAUGCUGUGAAAGAGAAUGGAGAGACGGCGAUGCAUAUAGCUGCCCGCAGUGGUCAGCAGUCCAUGAUCUCUGCUCUUCUGGAGGACGGGGCUGAUCCAACGGCAUUUUCAAAGGCUGGAGAAACCCCCUUGCACAUGGCUGUGCGACAUUGUCAUCUAGAAGUGGCUAGAGAGAUAAUUCUUUAUGUGACACGACAUAAAUCUCGUAUAGAUGCCAUAAUGCUUGUAAAUCAACCAAAUUAUGAAGGUGAGACGUCGGUCCAUUACGCUGCUGGCCUCAGUAAAGCCUUAGCUCACGAUGAAUUUGAAGAUACUGACCUCAUGAAACUCCUCCUUGAAUAUAAUGGCGAUACAAAUACACAUACAAAAAUGACAUAUGAGACACCCCUGCAUUACGCGGCUAGAUCAGGAAAUGACGACGUCAUGUUGGAAAUGGUAAAGCAUAUCGGAGUAAUUGACAUCCAGAAUGCUGUAAACAGACAGGCAAAGAACGGAUGGUCACCAUUAUUGGUUGCAAGUGAACAGGGCCAUCUUGAAGUUGCAAAGAUUCUCCUGAGCCAUCAUGCACGAGUCGAUGUAUUUGACGAGGCUCAUGGAAAAGCCGCUUUGCAUCUUGCCGCAGAGAAUGGCCACAGUCAGGUUGCCGACAUGUUGCUAUGGAAUAAAGCCUAUGUAAAUGCCAAAUCCAAGUCUGGCAUCACACCGUUACAUUUAGCAGCGCAAAAUGGUUAUAACACACUCGUCAAGCUCCUGAUACAGACGCACAAAGCGUCAAUUGAUGCACUUUCUCUUGCUAAGAAGACGCCAUUACACAUGGCUGCUCAGUACGGACGAUUGGAGGUCUGCAACACGCUACUUAAGUUCAAUGCCGAUGCAAAUGCUGUCGAUGAGCAUGUACAGACACCGCUCCACCUAGCGGCAGAAAAUGAUCACUCAGAUGUUGUUAAGCUGUUCCUCAAACACAGGCCUGAACUCGUAACCAUGGCAAACACGAAUGGAAUGACCAUAGCCCACAUUGCAGCAGCCAAAGGGAGCGUAUGUGUGGUGAAGGAACUUAUGAAAUUCAACAAAGCAGUCGUUACUUCAACUAGAAACAGAACAAAUGAUUCCACUGCCCUGCACAUGGCGGCGGAAGGUGGUUACAAUGAAGUUGUUGAGGCCCUUCUUGAGGCGGGAGCCAAUCCAAAGGAGGAAAAUGGGGAUGGUAAUACGGCCUUACAUCUAGCUGCAAAACAUGGUCAUAUACAAAUAAUGGAAUCACUGAAAGGAAAGAUGUCACUAAGGACACCAAGCAGAAAGACUGGGUUGACAUCUCUACACGUUGCAGCAAGUUACGGCCAAGUGGAUUUUAUCCGCGAGAUGCUGAUCACUGUCCCAGCAACUAUCAAGUCCGAUCCUCCAGGUGGCGGCGACACGGGAAUUAAGGACCUUACUACAGAGUAUGGAUUGGUUCCGUUACAUCUAGCUGCGAAGUCUGGUCAUGAAGGUUUGGUACGGCUUCUUUUGAACUGCCCAGGUGUUCAAGCAGACACUGUAACAAUGAUCCAGGGGUCAACAUCACUCCAUCUGGCGGCACAAAGCGGACACGUCCAUGUUGUAAGUCUACUACUGAGUAAGUCCACGGCAAUGAUACACACGAAGGAUAAGCGAGGAAGGACGGGGAUCAUGUUGGCUGCGGCCAAUGGUCACUUAGACAUGGUCACAUUGCUUGUAGGACAAGGAGCUGAUAUAAAUGCUUCGGAUAAGAAUGGUUGGACAAGCUUACAUUUUGCUGCCAAAGCAGGGUUUCUAAAUGUGGUAAAGUAUUUGGUGGAAAGUGGUGCUUCCACUAAACAUGAAACAAAAGACGGCAAGGUUCCUAUAUGCUAUGCAGCAUCUUUCUCGCAUUUUGAUGUGCUCAGCUAUUUGAUGCAGAAAGAUCAUAGCACACAACGCCUGAUGGAUGACAAGAAGUUUGUGUUUGAUUUGAUGAGUUGCGGGAAGCAAAACGAGGACAAAUGUAUAGAAGAAUUCAUCGUGCUCUCUCCAGCACCGGUAGAUACCGCUGCUAAACUGUGUCAAAACUUCCGUGUUCUUGCUGUUAAAGAGAAAGAAAGAGCGCGUGAUUUAACUGCUGCGGGUGACUAUUGUGAAAACAUGGCGACUGAUUUACUCUCAACUGCUACUAGUACCAAUAGUCCUUCUACGCUUCUCAAAGCUGUAGAUUGUAAUGGGACACCAUUCCUAGACGUUCUGAUGGAAAACGAACAAAAAAUGGUUGUCGCCCAUCCUGCUGUACAGAAAUAUCUGUCAGAUAUUUGGAUGGGUAAUCUGAACUGGGCGACAUGGAAAAUAAUAAUGUUAUUCUGUGGUUUUCUUUUUCUACCAAUGGUUUGGAUACUGUUUUCACUUCCAUUAAGACAACGCUUUAACAAAGUGCCGAUUAUUAAAUUCAUGUCUUACUUGGUGUCGCAUCUGUACCUGAUGUUGCUAUUUUCAAUAACGAUAGUAUACCCGCUAGUUCCAAUCUGGGAGUCAGGAUCAUUGAUACCGCACUGGUAUGAGUGGGUGUUGUUAGCUUGGUUGUCAGGGUUGCUGGUAUCAGAGCUGACAAAUCCGGGUGAUCGUGACGGACUUGGGUACAUCAAGGCGAUUAUAUUAAUCAUGAGCGCAGUAGCAAUCGCUAUACAUGUUAUUGCAUUUGCGUUCGAGGAAAACGACAGACUGAUCGCCAUAUUCGUCCGUAAUCAUAUUUUUGCAUGGGCUUUAUUAUUGUGUUUCGUGCUAUUACUAGACUUUUUGUCAUUCCAUCACCUUUUUGGACCAUGGGCGAUUAUUAUUCGCGAUCUGCUGAAGGAUUUAACCAGGUUUUUAGUUGUGUUACUGAUAUUCAUGGCGGGAUUUACACUUCACUUGACAUCACUUUAUCAACCCGUGUUUAAACCAACUACUCCAGACCCUAAUCUCGGUGACGGGGAUGGGGCUGGUAUAGAAACGCCAUACAUUACUCCUCUUGAUAUUUUUGAACUCUUAUUAUUUUCAUUGUUUGGAUUAGUAGAUCCGGACAACCUGCCGUCAUUAUACCGCAGUCCAAUAUGGGUUGUUUCCCUUGUGAAAAUAGUAUUUGGAACAUACAUGAUGGUCACGUUGAUUGUGCUGAUCAACCUUCUAAUUGCUAUGAUGUCGGACACCUAUCAGCGUAUACAGCAACAGUCAGACACGGAAUGGAAAUUCGGCAGAGCAAAACUCAUACGAAAUAUGAACAAAACAUCAGCUGCACCCUCGCCGUUGAAUUUGUUCACAAAACUGUUUCAAUACAUCAGACUAGCCUACAAACAUAAAGGUAAAUUAUGUAGCGCUCAAGCACAGGCCUAUAUCAACGAAGAAGAUGAUAUGGAUGGCAUGUCUGAUACAAGAUCAAUGGAUAUACUUGCGAAUUCUUCUUCUGUAUGGCUUCAAACUAUCCGACGACGGCGGAGUGCAAAAAUUACACCAGAUGGUGUUGCUGGCAUGGUGCGAAGCCAUCAUGGACCUCAGAGGUUAGAAGAUGCUAUAGACUGGAAAGCUGUGGUAAAACGCUACUAUAAAAUGCAAGGGGUUGAUGAAUCUACAGAUGAUGAAGAAGAGAAAAACGGAAUACUGAACCAUUCAAAUAACAACCACAUUGACACAUCUACACUUAAUGAAACUUAAGUUUGAUUCAUCAGACAGAGAGCAUGGUUGGUGCAUGUGCACCUAAUGAGUUCCAAGUUCGAUUUGUCAUCCGGAAAUCGUGAUGCAGUUCAAGUACCAACAACUUUGAAACAUGUGUAAAAUAACGAACUUUAAGGAUGACUGAUCAGCCAGCGAAUGUGAUACAGUUACACUCGUGUUUAAAUUUCUUGAAAUUCAAGAUACAUCUAAAAGCGACCCCAUGUAAUUCAGUUCUAAUACCAUAUUGAUAAACUUAAUGAAAUUUAAGGUUAGUUUAUCAGCGGGAAAACGUAAUGCAAUGAAAUAUACCAACCAUAUUGAUACACGUAAUGAAGUUCAAUGUUAAAUCAUCAGCGGACAAACGUAAUGUAAUCAAAUACACCAAUCGCCUUGAUAAUCGUAUUGCAAUUCAGCUGGCGAACGCAAUGCAAUUAAAUAAAUACACUAACCACUUUGAUACACUUACAUAAAAAAUACUAUUAUUUAGUUUCAGUAAAAUCUCAUUGCAAUAAUGAGCAAUAAUUAUAUAGUUAUACUUAUUACAUACUCCUUUCCGUUAAGUUAAACUGGUACCGGAAACGUCAAUAUUUUUCUAUACACUGAUGCCUGAAUUUCAUAUCGGGUGCGUGAUGUAAUUCAGUGUUUUGUUGCACUAUUUUUUUCUAUUUAGUUCAGUAUUGUCAAUCUUAUUCAGGCUAUUGAACAUAUUUAUGAUAUUUACAUAAUAUCUAUACGUGUAGAUGCGUAUGUAAUAAAAAGGUUAUUAUCUUUGCACCGGGAAAUAUGCACGGAUUCUUCAGCGGAAGAAUAUUGCGCUCCUAAAGUCGCGCAAUAUUUCCGCUGGAGAAAUCGUGCAUAUUUCCCGAUACAAAGCUAAUAACCUAUAAAUAUUUACAUUAUUGAAAUGGCGACUCAUAGGGAAAACGCACCUGUUCAAAUAAAAUUGUGACAAUGAGGUGGAAUAGAAUUGAAACAUGCUUUUAAAAAAAUAAGUUGAUAUAUAGUUUUGUACCUGUUCACGUUUUGAUAUCAUUAUGCACAAUCAAUAUUGUACUUUUAACUAUGCCACUAUCCCUUUAUAAACAGGUUGAAGUAAUUCGUACCUACUAAGCCAAGGUGAAGAUGCAAUGUAUUGUUACAUUAAUGUUAUUAUUGUGAACUUGUUGGA